GAACCAUCGGCCAGGCGCGAACUGCUGCCAUUGUUUGGUCUCGGCCAUAUUGAGGCUGCAGCUCCUCAGGCUACGGACUUUAUUCCUCUUUCCAGACUCAGGUUAACCAAGAGAGAUGGCAUGUGUGACCCUCAAGCGCUCGCUGGAGUUUGACCCCCUGCACCAUGGGAGCUGCACACCACGGCCCCACAAACGGCGGCGCUGUAUGCCCAUGUGUGUGUCGCCACAGAGUGCUGCUGCCGCCACCGCGCGCCACACAGAGUCACAGUCACCUUUCUCGGAGGUCACUCCCACACUCACCCCAGAGACGCCUCGCCACACUGUCAUUACAGAACAAAUAGCACAAAAUGUGAGAGAGGAGAUCCGCAGACUGAAGCGACGCAAGAUCCUGCAGUGUGGGGAGCGCAGCAUGGAGUGUGAGGGUGGCUAUGAGUCCCCAGCCUCCCCACCCUCUCCAGCCUCACUUACCUCACCCCUUCCCUCCCCCUCCUCAUCCACCAGUGCAGGUGUAGCAUCACUCCACCCCCCCCAGCACUCGUCACUCAGCAAAGAUAAACCUCUCUUCACCUUCAGACAGGUGAAUCUGAUCUGUGAGCAACUACUGCGUGAACGGGAGACGAAUAUCCGUGAGGAGUAUGACAAGGUGUUGGCCUCCAAGCUGGCAGAGCAGUAUGACUGCUUUGUCCGUUUCACCACAGACCAGAUACAGCAGAGGCUGUCCCAAGCGGCCCUUCCCAGCUAUCUUUCUUAGGAUGGAACUUUGCUGUUUUGCUAUGGACUAUGUGCCUUCGGAGGUACAAAGAAUGAAAAGUUGCUGGGAAAGUUUAUCCCCGAAAGUGUAAACUUUGUACAUAAGAACACACUCAUGCUGUAAAGGUGUUCACAGAGCAAGUGUAAUUAAAGAUUGCCGGAUGAAAUGGAUAUAAACCUCAUCUUGAUCUUGUCAGUGAUUGUAAAAGUGAUGUGUUUCGUAAGAUAGUGUGAAACAACUAUAUCCAUAUCAUUCAAGGCUGUAUGUCAGUAUACUAGUCUUGGGUUAGCCAAGAUAUAGACUCAAGACACUAAAGGAGCAAACUAUACAAGUUAAGAGGGACUUAAUAGCAACCAGAAGUGGCAGCUUUGGUGACAAGCGCAAGUUAACUUGUGGUGCUCAUAAUGUGUGGCAUUCCUCAACUGUUGUGUGUACAUACCUUCUAACCCAUCAGUUGCCUUUCACACUUUUCUUGCUGUAAGUAGGUGCUUUGCAGAGUGAAACUUCAGCAAACUAGACAUGCCUGACAGUAACCUCAGGUAUCUCAAAGCCCUGUCUGCGAGAAAGGUUGUGAUUGCCUGUUCAGAGUUGAGCUAGUACAGGAAGACAGCCACAGCAGCAGUCACAUUGCCUUCAUGUGAAUAUUAACUUAGGGUAGAGCUCCAUAUUGCCUUUUUUUCAUUUAAGUUUUGGCAUAAAUUUAUUUUUGACUUGCUUCUCUAAACUUGUCUUGACAUUUGCUACUACUUAAUGUAGGUUUCAUAUCUUGGACUUGUGUUAGGAAGGAGAUACCCAGGUGAUGUCUUCCUGCAUUAGUAUCUUGUAUCAUGAGCCCUCUUGUGCAGGGCUGUAUCAACCCACCAUUAUAAAUCAGUAUCACGCCUAUGCUGUUUUAUUAGAGAUCUGUUGUAUAAUUAUUUACUUAUGGGUGUUGUGUCUAAUGUGGGUAAUGUGUACUUUUAGGCAUAAUAAGGUGUUAGGUUCAAAGGACAUCAGUCUGCCAGUGCAGGGAGAACCUGCAUGUGUGAAUGGCCGUAGUGUUAGUAGCAGUGGAUCUUGACAUGAUCGGCUCACCGUAUGAAUUUACAUCUAGAGUAGGAUAAGUUUUUUUUUUUUUUUUUUUUUUUUUUUUUUUUUUUUAGAUUAUGAGGCUUGUCAGUCUCAUGUCUUGCAUAUUGUGCACAGUUAAAACGGGAUUAAAUAAGCUGCAUAUUCACUGUCAAGAGCUGCAGGAGCAGUGACUUUGAUAAAUUGAUGUCAUGUAUAGUUGUGGUCAGAAGUCUAGCAACUUGCCAUGCUUGUUUACAUUGUGUUUAGCAAUUUCCCUCCAUCUUAAGUCUUCAGAUCUGCUGAUAAUCUUACAAACCGUGACAUAGGUUCCAAGCAAUUAAGAGAACUUAGUUUGAGGGAAGAUGUUAAAACAGUGGAAAUGCAUGUGGUAUGUUACUAAGCUUCUUAUGAUAACUGUACUUAUCUUAAUGCAAGAGGCUUUGUUUCUCCUCAUUUUUAUUAUUAUUAUUAUUAUUAUUAUUAUUAUUAUUAUUAUUAUUAUUAUUAUUAUUAUUAUUAUUAUUUCUCCUUAGUGAGACAUUGUUGUGCAGCAACUGUGUCCUUCCAUUGUGAGUGUCACUUUCUUCACUUUCUUUGCCUUCUUACAGACUGGCUUACCGUUGUUGUGUUCGGCAGAGGAUCCAAGACAGGAGUGUGAGACUGACUCUGUUGGUCUUGUAGUGUUAACUUUAGUAUUCACAUCUUCAGUGUAAGUUUCUUUCUCUUCAUUUAUUUUAUAGGUACCCACUGUUUGUUAUAAGUUAGUUAACCUGACAUUGUUGCAUGAACUCUGAUAUAAGGAGCAAUUGUUUACUAUUUAUUUUCUUGUUCUCACUUUUUUACCGUACUUGUAUCAUGAAAUAUACUUGUUAAUGGGAAAAUACAACAUUAGUCUUAUUGUCAUUGUUUCACAUAGAUAUAACAGGAAAGUGCAUCUCCAUGUUUUGUGAAUACAGUGUAUGCAUACAUGACAUUCUUGUACAUUUGUGGAAUGAGCCAUGAUCUCUCUUAGAGGUGAAAGUUGCUGUCUUAACAAAAAGUAUUCCAUCUUAUGUUACAUCUUUUUUCUAAGGAUGACAUAUGGCUGGAAACCCAGCCAGUUUUAUUCAUUUUUCCUACUUUAAGUAGUGAUAGAGAUUUAACAGCAUUGUUUUCCUUAAGAUAUAUCCACAUCAUUCAGUUUUGUGCCAGGUAGCAUGAAACUACUGGGCAGUAUCCAGUAAUUUCACUCAGCUACAGGCCCAAACAGUCCAUAACAAUUGUCAGUGUCUGAUGCCUAUCACACUUGCGAGUCAUGCAUUGCUAAUUAGUAAGGCUGGCUGGGCCUCUGGGGAUGAGUGGCAACUGGCACUGACCUCACCUCAACUGUGAAGUCCAUUUGUGAGAAACAUAAAGUUGUGUGCAUAAGUUAAGCCUGUUUGUGGCAGAAUUCUCUGGGAUGUUGGACAUUCCGCAUAAAAUUUCAAGGCAACUAAUUACUUCUGAGGCCUGUUAAGGGUGAUGACACUUGGGAUCCAUUGGUGCCCUACUCAUAGUGGGGUUGGGUGGGUAGGGUGGUGUGAUGUGACAGCUGAGAAUUGUUGAGAGUCGUUCUUGGACACUGAUGUGCCAGAUCGACCAGCUAUGCAACACUUAAUAGUUGCUAAUGCUGUUUAGGUUUGCUGUGGCUGUUAUAAUUAUCCCAGUCUGUUUGCCAGCUCUUCUCUUGCUAGAUGGUUGGGUAGAAUUUGGGAACACCUGAUUAGGAUGUAAGCUAGGUCCUUGUUUGAAUUUUUAUUUAUAUAUGAAAUGAACUUGUUACUAAGAGCAUUUACAACACAUUUUUGAGGUGAGGUGGGGAAUGAAAGUGUAAAUGUUGGAUGAGUGAAGUGAGGAACGUAGUGUUUGAUGCUUGUUAAAGGAAUGAUAGAUGAUUCUCUCUCUCUCUCUCUCUCUCUCUCUCUCUCUCUCUCUCUCUCUCUCUCUCAGUGCAGUGCAAAAAUAAUACUGGAAUAGGUAAGAAUAAACUUUUGCAUGUAGACAUUAAUGAGUGAGUUAAAACUGAAAGCUUCUUAUAAGAAUGUAAAGGAAUGCAUCAUGGUAAACAGAAGCAAGUGAGUUCUGAAAAAAGUUAGUAAAUUGGGUGUCUGUAUACAAAUGAUACAAUAAGAGAGUGAUGGAAAAGAUUGAUGACAUGGAUAUCAAUCCAGUAUCUCUUAAAGAGAGGAAUGUACAUAGUCAGGGCAAGAUACCUCCAUAGAAGUCAAGGUUAUAGUAAGUACUGAUAAUGACAAGAGUUGAAAGAAGUAAUGUAGAUCUCUCAAUCAUAGGCAGUCCUCUGUAAAAGGAACAUCUUGAGAACAAGGAUCAGGAUAUGUAUUCAUAUUAACUCACUGGGUUGGACAGAAUUAAUCUUCUUAACGGGCGGGGUUUCUGGCCCUUACCACCAUGUGCAAAGGUAGGGAAGUCACACUCCACUGAUGCACCAGCUCUUAUAAACAAAAAAUUACAUAAGGAACUAACAAUACUAAAAGCUGGAUGGUGCAUCACAUGCAGCUAAUUAGAAAUAUAGUUGUUCUUCAAGAAAAUCUGAGAGCUCUCCUAAACAUACUAAGAUUAGAGAUGGAAAUCACUGAUUGAGGUAAAGCAUUCCACAGCAUAAUAUGUCUUAUUGAAAGCCUUUUCCUGCACUCUAACUGGGUUCUUGUAUGAGCAAUUUUGUAUUAAUAUCCCCUUGUUCCUGCAAGAAGUGGUUUGGCAAAAGUGUCACUUGGCUCUUGUACAUUUAUUAUGAAAAAUUUUCCAAUAUUUUAUAAGAUCAUUGCAAACUAAUCUACCAUAAAUAGAGAAAAGAUUAAGUGAUUUCAGUCUCUCUGAGUACUCCAUGUGUUCCAAACCCUUAACACUUUUUGUCCAUCGUCACUGUACUGAUUCCAGAGCAUGUAGAUCUCCUAUAUACUCUGUGUUCCAUAAGCAUGAUGCAUAAUCUAAUAUAGGAUGAACAUGAGAAACAUAUAAGGUUGCUAUAAAUGUUGGACUAUAAUUGACAGUAGGUCUGAGUAAGUUACUAGUAAGUCACCUGCCUUGUUAACAACAUUUGUAAUGUGAUGAUGGAACUUCAGUGAAGUGUCUAGUGUGACUCCAAGAUCAGUGGCUGUAACUUGCAGGGGGACAGGUGUGUUAUCUAUAUAAUACACACUAUUAUUUCCCAAUAAAUUUUCGUUAUCCAA